AUGUUUGCUUUACUCACGCCUUUUCCGCUGGGAGCUGUUCUCGUCGUAAGUCCCAACAAGAUCUUUCUAGUAAUCAGUAACCGCUGUAUCGCCGACCGGCCCCCAACGUCCAGCCAGGAGCAAGCCUCCAACGACACCAACGAUACAAACUUCCUUCGUGGCGUAAUAUCCCAGGCUGCCAUCGUUGCGGCUCUGUCCGGCGAACCGGAGGAUCUCCGUCUCAUACUGUACUCCUACCGCGCUGCAGUCGAGACUUUGAGCAACGACGACAUGGCCCCCGAUUAUGGAAGGCGGGCCGACGCAAGACAAACGCUGAUCCGAGUUAAGCAGAGAGUAAGGGAGAAGCAGAAAGGAGUAGCAGCAAAGGAAGAUGCAAACGCAGCGAAGGCGGAGGGAAACCGGGAGGAUAAGAAGACUCUAGAUGCUGAAGGAGUUACAGGAGGAGAGGAAGAGCUGGUAGAGGAUGAGGCGGAGGAGGAGAAGACGGAAAGAGGAAGGCCGAGGUCGAGACAGGGUAAUUGGAGACAACAGUCGGCGGCACUGCACGCGAAAAAGAAAACUUGCGGGACGACAAUGACAGAACAUUGUAGAUCGGCAUGCCAGGGAUGA